UCCAUCUCAUUUAUUUUUUUGCGAUUGAAAUUUAAGUAGAACCAGAAUCUUCAUGCGGCACAGAAAAAAUGUCGGAGCAAGUAAUGGUUCCCGCCAUAAAUUAGAUACAUACAACUAUUUACUUGCUGAUGAGAAAGAAAAGGAAAGGCGUUUGAGACUUUUCUCUCUUCAUCUCCUUCCAUUUCGUUUGCUUUUCUUGGGGCGGCGAAAUGGGAGGAUGUGCGAGCAGGCCUCAGGUGUUGACGGAGGAAUUCGACGCCCCACUCCCGCUGCCGCCACCUGCGGAGGAGAAUGAUUGUAAGCACGAUGUGAUCACCAAGGACAUCGUGGUGGUCGAAGAAUGCAAUGCCGCCCAUGGGGAGUCCCACAUCGGAAUCAUCGUCGCUGAUGAUAAUUUCAACGAAUCCACUUCUAUCACCGACAUAUCCACCCAGGAUGAAGAGCUCAAUUCAGAACAGGUGAAGGAGGAAAUAUUUGAAACCAAGGAAGCUUCUGAACCAUCCAAAUCAAUGCCCCAACUAGAUGAU